UCACGCGCCCUGGCUUCCUCGCGGUCUCCUGCGUUCCAGCGAUCCACGAAGAAAAGAACGCAAUUCCGGUGCACCGGAGAAGGAGAGACCACACCAAGCAGAAGCGACUGAAGUAGCACAGCAGGCGGAUGGACAGCGAGUGGGAUACAUCCGGCGUCGACGAGUCGGCCCUUGAAGUGUCGACCCUGACCGGUUCUUCGAACGAUGAUGAAAGUGAAACGGACGACAGCGCCACACUCGUCGCAGUUGUGUGCUGCGUCCUGGCGUGCAUCAUCGCCAUAGCCCUCGUGCUAUUCCUAUUGGGAGGGCUGGACGACUAUGACUCAGGUGACGACGAUGACAUGGAACAUACGACAAGAUACCUUCCCGCUGAUCGUUCCGCGCCACGGCCAGUGGUGACUGAUCGCCCCACAACGAAAGCGCCACCAUCGCCACCGGUGACCGUUCGCGCUAGAGUGACUAGGCCACCGCCUACAACGUCAAGACCGGUAACAACGAGGCCGUCCCCUAUUACACGUACUAAGCCUACUACUACACCCGUCACCACGACUACGCUGAAAAAAUCGACUGCGCGACGUCCGCCACCUAAACGCCCACCACCACCUCCUCCUCCGCUUCCUGCGACAACUAAACGCCGUCCACCACCUCCUCCUCCACCUCCUCCGACAACUAGACGCGCUCCGCCACCUCCUCCGACAACUAAACGUCCUCCACCACCAACAACAACUAAGCGCCCUCCACCACCUCCUCCUCCACCUCCUCCGACAACUAGACGCCCUCCGCCACCUCCUCCGACAACUAAACGUCCUCCACCACCAUCAACAACUAUACGUGCUCCACCACCUCCUCCUCCACGUCCUCCGACAACUAGACGCCCUCCGCCACCUCCUCCGACAACUAAACGUCCUCCACCACCAACAACAACUAAGCGCCCUCCACCACCUCCUCCUCCACCUCCUCCGACAACUAGACGCCCUCCGCCACCUCCUCCGACAACUAAACGUCCUCCCCCACCAUCAACAACUAAACGUGCUCCACCACCUCCUCCUCCACGUCCUCCGACAACUAGACGCCCUCCGCCACCUCCUACGACAACUAAACGCCGUCCACCACCUCCUCCUCCGCCUCCUGCGACAACUAAACGCCGUCCACCACCUCCUACGACAACUAAACGCCGUCCACCACCUCCUCCUCCGCCUCCUGCGACAACUAAACGCCGUCCACCACCUCCUGCGACAACCAAACGCCCUCCACCACCUCCUCCUCCGCCUCCUCCGCCUCCUGCGACAACUAAACGCCGUCCACCACCUCCUACGACAACUAAACGCCGUCCACCACCUCCUCCUCCGCCUCCUGCGACAACUAAACGCCGUCCACCACCUCCUACGACAACUAAACGCCGUCCACCACCUCCUCCUCCGCCUCCUGCGACAACUAAACGCCGUCCACCACCUCCUACGACAACUAAACGCCGUCCACCACCUCCUCCGCCUCCUCCGCCUCCUGCGACAACUAAACGCCGUCCACCACCUCCUACGACAACUAAACGCCGUCCACCACCUCCUCCUCCGCCUCCUGCGACAACUAAACGUCGUCCACCACCUCCUGCGACAACCAAACGCCCUCCACCACCUCCUCCGACAACUAGACGCCCUCCGCCACGUCCUCCGACUACUAAACGUCCUCCCCCACCUACAACGACUAAACGCCCUCCACCGCCCACUCCUCCUCCUCCGCGAACUCAGCGAACUCGGCCUACUACGCCACCUCAGCUUUCAACGCCAUUCGUAAAACCUAUCUCGCUUCUGUGUACCGUCAGUGACCGGUCAUACAACCACACCGUCUAUCCGCAAGAGGGUCUGUGCGACUAUAUUGUCUUUGACUCGAUGUUCAAGAAUAAUCGCAACCGACUUGACCGGGACGUUCGCGAUAACUUAAACAACUUCCUUUUAAACGCGAGGGCACACGAGGGCCGCAAGUCGCAGCAGUACGGUUUGAGCUUCGCCUUCGAUCAUCACUUGGAACUCAGACGCGAUCUGAAGAGCUCCCACAUCUUUAACUACUUGGACUUCAACGUGUUUCACUACGGCAUAAUCGAUUGUCGCACGCAAGACGCGACUCCGGCCCAAAUAGACCAGGUGUUCGUGACACUCCUGGUGAUAAAACGCGCACUCGGGAAUGUAGUACCCCCCACGUCCGUCAUCCUGGGCGCGCAGUCCGCCACUACCAAGUGGACCAACUACUUCAAAGCCAAAUUCAAGAACACCUUCACGCCGGACCUGUUCAUCUCGCUGGGCCACCAGAUGCGGGGCGAUUCAGAGAAGAGCCCGUGCAUCGCCAGGCCGCCAGCCAUGCUGCAGAAGCCUACGGGGUUUUCGGAGGAGUACGACUUGCACGACGCCGCGAGAGCCAUGGCGGCCAUCGCUUCGCAGCCCGACGGACCAGCCAUCUCCAUCUCCGUCUCGUUGAAGGGUCGUUGGUCCAUGCUGAAGCCGAGCGCCAAGCCCGAGGUCUUCGCGCCCUGCCUCACGGGCGCCAUCAAGGGGGACCAAUACGGCGGCUACUGCAAUGUGGUGAGAACACCGCCCUACUCGGGCAACCUGUUGCACGAUGCGAAGAACUACGCCAUGCGCGCCUACGACCCGGUGAAGCGGCUCAUGUUCGUGUACGACAACGAGCAGACCCUGUGCAAGAAGCUAUGCCUCAUCAAGGCCAACUACAGCAAGCUGAAGUUCGGCGUGGCCAUCUACGACCUGGACUUCGAGGACGUCGACGGCACCUGCUCGUCGCUCAACACUCAGGGAGCCUACAGCCGCACCAAGGUGGUGGGCAAGGUGCAGAGGUAUUUAGAGCACGAGUUCACCAAUCCGUCCAAGGAGGCUGAGUGUUCCCAGCUGUGGCGAUAAGCCGUUUGAGACCUUGACUGAUCUAUUUAAUGACCGACGCUACCAUGCCGGUUAAUAAACAGCUUACUCAUCUUG